GCUGACUGGCUGCAAACAACUCAUGCCACCAGAUUUGAUUAAUUCUCCACAGAAGAAGACUUUAAAUACGGCAACUAACAAUAAGAAUUCUCAGACUGACAAAAAUGGAAUUUUACCCAAGACGAAGGCUUCAAAUAAGGCUGACAGGAACAAUACUUCUCCCGGAAAGAAAAUUGGUAUAAAAAUAAAAGAAGAAAUGUUGGAGGUCAAUAACUUUGCAAAAAAUGUUUCUUCAAAAAAACAACAAAAUUUGCCUCAAAAAGAAUCUUUGGUUCAAGAAACAACGAAAAAAAUAACCAAAAAACGCAAAUUAAUUAAUAUUAAAGAAGAAAAUGAUAGCAGUUUAAAUCAUUCCCCUAAUAUUAAUAAUGCUGCUGCUAAUGAGUUUAAUCCGUUGGAUAAUAUUCUUAAUGAAAUUGAUGCUUUUGAUACUUCAAAUAAACCAAAAACCAAGAAGAAACGAGAAAAGUUGAUUAAAAUAGAAUCUACAAGCGAUGUCGAAUCUGGAAAUGCACCAUGUUCUAGUCAACAAUUACCACCACCUGUUACUCCAUUUCCGUCUUCUGUUACUAAUAGGCCUCUAAAUAGAAUUGAACUUGCAAGGCAGGAACAUGAUAAUAGUAUGGUCCAAACUUUUUUACAUAAAGAUGAUUUAAUGGAAAGAAUUUUGGCUUAUAAAAUGUUAAGAGGAAAAGUUGAAUCUUAUUUAACGAUGAAAGCAAAAAUUGAUCUUAAUACUUGUAUUACGCCUGAAUAUGAGAUCAGGCCAGAUUUAGUAGAACCAGUUUCUGAUCGUUUACAUCCAAAAUUGGAAACAUUGAUUAAACAAGAACAAACUGAAGCAAUAAAAGAAGUGGAAGAAAAUCCUCCUCUUCCUCCACCUUUUCCUCCUCCACCUUUAUUCGAUUCUUCAUCAUCUUUUAUUCCUCCACCGCCUCCUUCUUUAAUUCCUUCUGAAGCUGCUAUUUCACAGGCCUUACACGGUCCAAUGACCCCACCAGGUUCUCCCGGAACUAAUCAGAGUUCUUUAUCUGCUACUGGGAAUAACCACCAACAACAAAAGAAUCAUCAACAAGAAAUAUUUCCUUGUAAAACAGGGGCAUACAUUUUUGGAUCAUGCCAUUGUUAG